CAUCCUUUCAUCAGGCCUGGGGAUGGUGAGCAGCUGUGAGGAGAAACUAAUCUAGCAGGCAGACCGGCUAGCGUCACAGAGAGACCACAUGAGAGGAGCUGGCAGCGCUCAUUUGGGCCUGGUUUGGGUCAGCGCGAGUAUGUUUAUGUCUCUGUUUAUCUCCAAGUGGUCCUCAGAUGUUUCUCUGGAGGGAAAGACGGCUAUAAUAACCGGGGCCAACACUGGAAUAGGAAAAGAGACGGCUAAAGAUCUGGCCGGCAGAGGUGCCCGUGUAAUCCUGGCGUGCAGAGACAUGGCGAAAGGGGAACAGGCUGUCAGUGACAUCAUGAAGGAGGUGAAGGGAGCCAAGGUUGUCGCCAGGCAACUGGAUCUGGCUGACACCAAAUCGAUCUGCCAGUUCGCUGAGAAUAUCUACAACACUGAGAGGACUCUUCACUACCUGAUCAACAAUGCAGGUGUGGGCAUCUGCCCUUACGCCAAGACGGUGGAUGGAUAUGAGAUGCAGUUUGGAGUCAAUCACUUGGGCCACUUCUUCCUGACUUUCCUCCUGCUGGACUUGCUGAAGCACUCGGCCCCGUCCCGGGUCAUUAACGUCUCAUCGCUGGCUCACAAAAUGGGCAAGAUCCAGUUUGACGACCUGAACGGGGAGAAGGACUACCACCCUGUCAGGGCCUACGCGCAGAGCAAGCUGGCUAACAUCCUGUUCACCAGAGAGCUGGCCAAAAGGACCGAGGUUCUAGGUGUGAUGGCUUACUCGGUGGACCCCGGCAUGGUGAACACUGAAAUCACAAGGCACAUAAGGCGCCCUCUUGUGGACCUAUUCAAAACAUUUGGUUUCCUGAUCAGGACCCCAGCGGAGGGGGCCUACACCAGCAUCUACUGCACCGUCACUCCUGAGAACCAGAUGCUCACUGGAGGACACUACAAGGACUGUGCCAUCGCAGACAGCUGCAGGGCAGGCCAGGAUGAUGGCACUGCUCUGAAGCUGUGGGCUGUGAGCUGCCACCUGCUAAGCAUCCGCUGGAGAUGAGCUCACCACUCCUACACACUGCGCGGCAACAUUCCUUCUCACCCUGAGCGACACCCUUUCAUAAAAGAGGCUGAGGCUUUCUAGUUUGCCGGAACAUUAUGCAUGUGUUGGAGUUUGUGAGAAUAGUCUAAAAGGAUGAAGCAGCUGAGAUGCACAUUGUAACAGAAAGUUGAAGCUAUGCAUUUUUAAUUUCUUCAAGGUAUUUGGGAUUAGUAGGACCAUCGUCUUUAAACAGGAAGUCCAUUUAAUUUAUAUAUAUAAUUUCAUGGUAUAUCAUGAUAAAGUCACCAAUGUGUAACAAAAUAGAAAAUUAUGUAUUUUAAGACCUGAGCAAAAGCAGAAUUGUAAACAACGAAGUCCCAAUGCCCUCAAAUGAGUAACUUAGCCAACUAAUGUGUAGCUCAUUACACUAUUGACAGACAUUGUUAAAUUUGAGUGUCAAACUACAAAAGCUAACAAGCAUAAAUUAACAAGUUUCAACUUCAUGAGGUUUUGUUCCUUGUCCACUUUUUGCCCUGUGAUUGACUAUAGAAGGAAUCCACUGAAAUGUCCCCAUAUGUGGACGCGAGGUUUCGGGAGGUUGGUAGGAGGGUGGAAGGCAUGAAUACAUAGCUGCUUGUAAUAAAAAUAUCACAGAUACUCAA